AGUCUUCACAGAGGGAAGCUCGCAGCUCUCCACCGAGCAUCAGCGGAGCUCUAGCAGCACAUGAUGGCACUUUUUCACCACGGAUUCAUUCAGGAACAGUGAAGAGAACUCACAUCACAUCAUCUCGCAUCACUUCCACAGCGCUCCGUAACAUCCGACUCCUGCAAAAUGCCACCACGCUGAAGCUCUGUCAGCUGACUCAAGACAGAUUUCACUGUCCUGGGGUUUUACUCCUGAUCAUCAUCAUCACUAAUUCUUCAGGUUUAUUUCUUUUUUUCUUUUUUUCUCAGAGGAACCUGAUCUCAGAGGGAUCAGGAACUCUUCUCUGAUAUCUUUCACUGCUCUGAAGAUCCUUCCAGUAAUGGCAUUUCCUAAUGGCUGUGUAAGAAAUCUGGAUUUUCUCCUCCUCAUCUAAGACUCUGGAGAAAAACAAAAGCAUCCAAGAUGCGAAAAAUCCAGACCAUCUUGCUGCUGCUGUGUUUGCACAAGGUCACAUGCAGGCGUCUGCAGAUUCCCGAGCUGGGCAUUAUGGACUGGGGAGAGAGCGAUAACGAGGGCAACCAUUCCCCCAAAGGACCAAGCAGUCGUACGCCAAACCCUCUGCGCUUGUUCUCUAGAGGAUAUCGUGCUCUCAAGAGCAGCAUGAGACAGAUGACAUAUUUGGAAAAAAUGGAGGACUCGUGGGACUGGUUAUCUAACCAGACAGCUGUUGGGGAGGCACAAAGCAGGACUAAACGCAGACCCAUCGUCAAGACGGGAAAGUUCAAGAAAAUGUUUGGCUGGGGAGAUUUCAACUCCAACAUCAAAACCGUGAAGCUGAACCUCCUGAUCACCGGGAAGAUUGUGGACCAUGGAAACGGGACCUUCAGCGUCUACUUCCGGCACAACUCCACCGGCUUAGGGAACGUCUCUGUGAGUUUGGUUCCUCCAUCCAAAGUGGUGGAGUUUGAAAUGGCACAGCAGAGCACGCUGGAAACCAAGGACGCUAAAGCUUUCAACUGUCGAGUCGAGUAUGAAAAAACGGACCGGAACAAGAAAUCAGGGAUGUGUGGCUUCGACGUGUCGAAAACAUGCUACCAGGAGCAGACGCAGAGUCACGUCUCGUGGCUGUGCUCCAAACCAUUUAAGGUCAUAUGCAUCUACAUCUCCUUUUACAGCAUCGACUAUAAACUGGUGCAGAAAAUCUGUCCUGAUUAUAAUUACCACAGUGAGACUCCAUAUGCCUCCACGGGAUAAUCACAGAACCUGACCUGGGUCAAACACACAGCCCAGACCAGACCUGACCCAUUACUCACAACCACACCAUCUCCUGAAUCACUGCUACUGUACAGCUCCUCCACAGUGGAAAGUCUUUUCCCAAACCUGACGCAACUUUGGUCCAAAAUCUGGCACAAUCCUGUGGGUUUACCUGGGAUCCAGAUCACGGCCCAAACCCACCAACCAAACUUGGCCCAAACCGACUCGCUUCUAACCUCGGCCCUGCAUCACUGCGGAUUAUAUCCGGAUAUCAAAAACCAAACACAAAAGGACCUGCUCCUCACCUCGGCUCGAACCGUCUUUCAAAAAUUCCAAACUCUCAUUCACAACUUUAUCAAAACAUCUCAGAGACCAAUCUGACUCAAACUCACGGACGGACUCGUGUCCAGCCUCGGCCCACAAUCCCGACCCAAACAUGCUCAAACCCGCAAGCUGACUCGGUCCUAAGAUUGGCUGAAAACUAUUGAAGUAUCCGAGAAACCGAAGUCCUCCAACGGUUUCUGGAGCAAACCGACUCGCCCUGCAGCGCCGGGCUCCUCCACAUGUUCUGCAUAUUUCAGGCACAAUUAAAAACCAAUCCAGAUGUUCCGCAUCAGGCAACACCUCUGGACAAGCGCCUGCUUUUCACCUGAGUGAAAUGAUGGUAACGUCCUGAGCUGUAAUUAAGUUCAAGAUUUGUUUACAACAAAGGCAUCACGUGCCACACCCAGAUGUUUCCUCGGGACAAUAAAGAGCAACCCAGCUACCGAGGACAAAACACACAUGGAAUAAAAGUGUUUUGGUGUGUAUGUGUCUGUGUAAGUGUGCUAACCCCAUCAGUACCGAUUCUCUGAUUCUCAUUGUAGUGAUGUUGUUGGCGAAGCCGCCAGGUUUAGCAUCGUGAUCUGGUUCAAUCAUCUUUCAGGGGGUAAAAAAAAAAAAAAAAAAAAAAGUAAAAAACUCAACUCCAGGUUGCCCCACGAGAGCUCUAUUCAUCGGACAGGUUGGUUUAGUGAAUCUGGCAGCCAAUUAACGACACUUUGUCAUGGUCUUGCCACAGUGCUCCGCAUUUCCAGGCUCUAAUUAUCAUUAAUUACACUGGGAAAUUUCACUUGCUCACGCUAAAUGAAGGGACUGAAGCCAAAAAAUGAAAUUUAACCUGUCAUUCAUGUCAGCAGUCUGGGAGAAGAAGAACCAGAGAUACGUUUUUUUCAAAAUUACACACAACACCAGCUUUUCUUCUCUGGAGAAAUUUUCACUAGUUUUCCUGAAGAACUGUUAUCGUGACGUAUCGUAACACAAUCACUACACGACAAUUCAUGUCAUUUAGAGCAGAGAAUUAAACUGGUGAUUUCUAAAGUUUCAGAAACGGUCAUGUAGGAUGAAGAGCUAUGAGCUGUGAACGUCACCUUCACAGUAUAAUCCUCAUAUAAUCAUCUGGAAUUUAUUUUAAAUACUUUUUAAAGGUUCCUUUAUUUAUUUUUUGUUUUUUUGUGAUAAUACGAGCAAUGAAACUUUAAAUUUACACAACCAAAAUUUUAGAUUUGGAAAUUUGGAGUUAUUUUACGCACCUUACUCCAAAAAUUCAAUUAUUCUAUUAUACUGAACACUCUACUUUCCCCUUGUGUGUUUUUAGUUUAAUUAUAACGGAACUGUAUUUCUUUUUCCCUUGUAUUGAAAUCUCCUAGUCUAGAUAUAGCAAGGAUCUUUACCUCGUUUUGGUGUGGACUGUAAAUGAAAUGAAAAGCGUCACUGUGGACUUCCUCUUCCUGCAGUAUUAUUUUCUGAGACGUUCCUUCCUGUAACUGUCUGAUUCCUCUGUAAAAAAAAAAAAAGAAUAAUAAUAACACAUGAAGGAAAUAAAAGGUUCAUCUGUGUUCAUGUUGAUGUUUAAUUCGAAUCAAUUCAUAUUCCUAUGCGUUGUGUUUGCUUUUAAUUCCAUCCUUCGCUCAGACCCUGAUCAACACAGGACAGAGAUCAGGACUGCAUUCAGACUUCAGGAUGAUGAUGAUGAUGAUGAUGAUGAUUCACUUCACAGGCUCCUCAAUG